AUGAUUUCCAUCUUACUUAUUGUGCUAGUAGCUCAGGCUGAAUAUCUUAUGACCACCUACGACGAAUAUAUGAAUGUCUACCAACUCGAUAAAUGUUAUUAUACUGGAAGCAACACGUAUACCAAAUACAGCAAAGAUGGAAAGAAAGUCAGAAGUUAUACAUCAACCAUGUGUGACAAUUGGGUUGAUCACGGUCCUUAUGAGCUUAAUAACAAUCAAUUCUUUGUGAAAAACCUUCCAGAAUACUCAGCAGUUGUAUAUUCAUACCUUGAUGCAGAACAUUGCACCAUUAAAGGAAGUGGUCCAUAUCCAAUAGAAAUGCUUAUAAAACCUGGUUGUGUAAAAACUUCAGAAACAUCUUCGUCAAAAUCAGAAUUUGUAGAUGAUUGGUUUAUUAAAAACAUUUACGAUGAAUCUGAGACAUGUACUGGAACACCAACAAAUGUUGUGAAAAUAGGAUUGGGAAUAUGCGUUACAAAUGAUAAUGGAUUAUAUUACACAAUCAGAGACUCUGCUAUGACAUAUUCAAUGUUAUUUGCAGUGUUAUUGGCUUUCAUAAUAUAA